UCGUAUUGUCGAGGUUGGCACAUGUAGUAAACAUCUGUUUCGUUACGGCAUCUAAUUUGUUUAUCACUGGAUAGAUGCCUUAGAGAAAGAACAACUAAUUAUCCACCAAGUACUAGCAUCUACACUAUAAAUUCCAGAGCCAAGAUUUCUAAACCUGCGAAAUCUUGAUGGAGAAAACAGAGUUCCCACCUCACGUAGUCAUCUUCCCUUUUCCAGUGCAAGGACAUGUGAAUCCUAUGCUCAAGCUCGCCGAGCUACUGAGCCUAUCUGGUAUUCAUGUCACCUUCAUCAAUACCCUUUCUAUUCAAAAUCGACUUUCCCGUAAUACAGACAUUCAAUCCCGUUUCAGCCGCUUUCCUGGCUUUCGCUUUGAGACCAUUCCCGACGGCCUUUCGGACAAUGUUCCGCACACUCAUCAAGAGACUAAUAAAUUGAUGGUGAUUUUUGAUUUCUUGAGAAGCACUGCGAAGCCAAUUUUGAAAGAUAUAAUUCUUGCCGCCGGUUGUCCAAGUGGUAGUAGUGAAGUUACAAGGCAGGGGCCAGUGACUUGUGUUAUAGCUGAUGGAAUUCUAAGUGUGGCACUUGAAGUAGCUGAAGAUGUUGGAAUUCCUAUUUUAUAUUUUCGGACUGCAAGUGCUGCCUCAUUUUGGAUAUAUUUAUGCUUGCCUCCACUAAUUCAAAACGGAGAGCUCCCAUUCACUGGAAACGACCUAGAUGUUCCAAUUGCUAGUGUAAAGGGCAUGGAGAGCCAUCUCAGAAGACGCGAUCUACCAAGUUUUUGUCGUGCGGAUACCCUUCAUGAACCAGUUCUCCAAAUGGUGCUCACAGAAACUCAAAAAACUCUUAGAACCAAAGGGCUCAUAUUGAACACGUUCGAGGAACUCGAAGGACCUAUAUUGGACCAAAUUAGAAAUCACAUACCAAAUCUUUACAGCAUUGGACCGCUCCAUGCGCACUUGAAGAAAAAAAUUGCAUCAGAAUCUAUAAGGCAAUCCAUCCAUUCUAACAGCAUAUGGGAAGAAGAUAAGAGCUGCUUAAAGAGGCUUGACGAGCAACCAGCUAAAUCUGUAAUUUAUGUAAGUUUUGGUAGUUUGGUAACAAUGACGAAAAAUGUGCUGACGGAGUUCUGGCACGGUCUUGUGAAUAGUGGGCAGCGGUUCUUAUGAGUCAUUAGGCAUGAUUCUGUACUGGACGAAGAUAAAGAAUCUCAAGUAGAAGUAGAAUUGAAAGAGGGUGUGAUUGAAAAUGGUUAUAUUGUAAGCUGGGCUCCUCAAGAGCAGGUCUUAGCACACGCUGCUAUUGGGGGAUUUUUGACUCAUAUAGUGGUUGGAACUCGACUUUGGAGAGCAUAAUUGAGGGAGUGCCAAUGAUAUGUUGGCCUCAAUUAGCUGACCAGCAAAUCAAUAGCAGGUAUGUUGAGGAGGUGUGGAAAUUGGGGUUGGACAUGAAAGAUACUUGUGAUAGAGUCAUCAUUGAGAAAAUGGUGAGGGAUUUGAUGGAAGUGAGGAGAAGUGAGUUCUUGCAAAGGGCAAAUGAGAGGGCAAAAUUAGCAAGAGCAAGUGUUGCUGAAGGUGGAUCCUCAGACUCAAAUUUAACCCGAUUAGUUCAGGACAUAAUGUCUAUGCAAAGGAAAAACUGAACGUCGGAUGCACAAUUUUGUUGGACCGAGAUCGUAUUUUUACGCCUGAUCUACUUAUUAUCAACUCCAAUAAAAUGUAAAUGAGUCACAUGUGACUCUUAUAUCAGUAAAUUUACUUAGUAAC